AUGCUGCUCCUACUGCUCCUUCUGCUGCUGCUGGUGGUGGUGGUGGUGGUGAUGGCCAUCCUUGUGGUGGUAGUUGCUGGCCGGGCCCGCCAGCUGGUGAUUGUUCCCAGCCGCAGCAUGCAGAGCCAGCUGCCGGGCAGCAAGCAUUUGCGAUGGCCAAGGCACGCCGCUGCCGUGGCCUUGCUGCUGUGGUGGCAGCCAAGGAGGCACGCCGCUGCCGUGGCCUUCCUGCUGUGGUGGCAGCCAAGGAGGCACGCCGCUGCCAUGGCCUUCCUGCUGUGGUGGCAGCCAAGGAGGCACGCUGCCAGCGGCCUGUUCCUGCCAGAGGCGCAUGGCGGUCUGCUCUGGACAGAGCAUCAGGGCAGUUGCCUCCUGCAGACGGCUGCUGUGGUGGUUGUGGCGAUAGUGCUGAACCGUAGAACAUGCCCGUGGUGGAAGACGUGGGUCAGCCCGUUGUAUUGGGAAAUCGCCCAUAUCGGCGACGGGAUGCAGAUAAUUGGGGAGAAUCUUCAAGUGCCUAUUGGUGAUGUGAUGGAUCCAAAAAGGAUGGUGGAGGGCGAGGAUGAGGAGGACGAGAAGAACACACAACAAUUGCUGAGGAGGUGGUUCCGGGCGGAGCUUUUUGUUCAAGAAGGAGAGUCAGAAAGGUACAAUACCGCCUAUGGCGCAAGGGAUGAGUGA